AUGGCCGGACGUACUACCCGCACCCGUGUCGCCGCUGGAAAGGCCCCGAAGGCUGUUGCCAAGAAGGCUGCUGCUCCGGCUCAGGCUAAAGGUGCCAAGGCUGCAGCAGUGCGCAAGACCACAGCUCCUGCCCGCAAGGCCCCGGCAGCAUCUGCCACUAAAGGGAAGGCCGUCCGUGGCAAGGCAGUGCGGGCCAUUGACAGCGACGCGGAGGAAGGCUCCGAUGAGUCCGACAUCCAGACAGAGUCUGACCUUGGCAUGGAGGAGGCUGCUGCUGACAAUACCUCUGACAACGAAAGUGUCUCUGCAGACGUCAUGAUGAUCAGCGAUGACGAGGAAGACAGCCGCCAGGAGGUCGAGCUGACCCCAAAGAUUGGACGCAGCCGUGCUGCCAACUCUAGCCCGCCAUCUACCCCGAAGACUCCGUCGCCUGUGUGA